UUCAAUACCCACGUGCUUGUGUUGUAGUAAUAUGUUAACUAUCCAAAUACUGCAAAAAGUAACGUAAGAUUUAAUUGAUAAACGUGUUUUUAAGUGAAUGAAUUACACUACUCUGCAUAAUGGCAGUGUUACUCAAAGAAAUAUACGAAAAGACAGCAGAAUUUGAAGCUUUCUACACGGGCGGUGAAAUACAUUGGACUCGGGAUGGUGUUAACUUUUUAUGUCAAUGUGAUGAUGUUAUUAAGGUUAUUGACGUAAAUACACUUUGUAACACCCUCACUAUUGGAGGAUCCGGAGAUGAUAAAGAUGAAAGCGAUAUCAUUUAUACAUUUAAAUUAUCACAUAAUAAUGAAACUGUAGUAACAGCACAUAAGAGUGGAUUAAUUAAAUUGUGGGAUAGAAGUACGGGUGAGUUACAAAAGACUUGGAGGUCUGGCCAUAAAGGUGCAGUUGCAAAGCUUGCCUUUGACUCUGAAGACACAAAUAUAGCAUCUGGAAGUUCAGAUGGCAAUGUGAGACUAUGGGAUUUGGUGCAUUAUACUUGUACGAGUAGUCUAAAAGGUGCACUUGGAGUAUUUAGUGUGCUUAAGUAUCACCCAGAUCCAACAAAACAAAUGAUAUUUGGUGCAGCAGAUGAUACAAAAAUUCGAUCUUGGAAUAUAAAAUCCGGGAAAGAAUGCAACAUAUACUCAGGUCACUUUAGUAAAGUUACUUCUAUACAAUUUACAACUGAUGGUGAAUAUAUGGUUAGUUCAGGAAGAGACAGAGUGCUUAUAUUAUGGAAAGUAAAUGAAAGUAAAUCUCUACGGGUUCUACCAGUUUAUGAAUGUAUUGAAACAAUGAUUAUUCUGCCAGUUUCUUUUAAAAUUCCUAAUUUUACUAAAAAGGUUGAGACAGAAGGUAUAUAUGUAGCCUGUGCAGGUGAAAAGGGUAUUGUAAAAGUAUGGAAUGUGCAAAUGAGUAGGUUAAUGUUUGAACAGAGUAACAGUCUUGUGUCCCCUGCAUCAGAGGAGGGUGGACUAGCAAUAACACAUUUAUUGUUUAAUGAAGCAAGGAAUAUGAUUUCAGUAGUAACAGCUGACCAUAAUAUUAUCAUUCAUGAUUUAGAAAACUUUAACUGCAUGAAACAGAUGAUUGGAUUUACAGAUGAAGUUUUGGACAUUAUUUUUAUUGGAAAAGAAGAUACACACAUUGUUGUAGCUACAAACAGCAGAGAUUUAAAACAUUACAGUUUAGCUAAUAUGGAUUGUAAGUUAUUAAAGGGUCAUACGGAUAUUGUUCUUGCAUUAGCUAAGUUUCCCACAGAUAAAGAUAUGUUUGUUUCGUCUGGAAAAGACAAUGCUGUUAGAAUUUGGAAGAGAUGUGAAAAUAGCGAAAUUAUCUGCAUAGGAAUGGGAACAAGACAUACAGCAUCUGUUGGUUCAGUUAGUACUUCACAAACUUCCAGCAAAUUUUUCUGUUCCGUUAGUCAAGACAAUUGCUUAAAGGUGUGGAAUGUUCCAAGUGAACUUGACACAGUUGACCAAAAAAUCAAAUCAAGUCAUACUGAAUUAGCCCACAAUAUGGAUAUAAACUGUGUUGCAGUAUCACCUAAUGAUAAAAUUAUUGCUACUGGCUCACAAGAUAAGACAGCAAAACUGUGGACUGAUGAAUUAACAUUAUUGGGUAUGCUAAAAGGUCAUAGAAGAGGAGUUUGGUGUGUAAAAUUCUCACCAGUAGACCAAGUUGUGUUGACAUCAUCCGCUGAUAGCUCCAUAAAGUUGUGGUCUAUUGCUGAUCUUAGCUGUCUCAAAACAUUUGAGGGUCACGAGAGUUCAGUCCUCAAAAUAGAAUUUUUGAGUAAGGGUCAACAGAUAUUAUCUAGUGGAGCUGAUGGUCUAUUAAAAAUGUGGAAUAUUAAAACAUCAGAGUGCAAAAUGUCUUUGGAUAAUCAUGAGGGAAAAGUUUGGUCCUUAGCUGUUAACUGGGAUGAAUCCUUAGUGAUCACAGGUGGAUCUGAUUCAAAAUUAGUCACCUUAAAAGAUGUUUCUAUUGAAACACGUGAGAAAAUAGCUAAGGAGAGAGAAGAAUUAAUUUUACAGGAACAAGAGUUAAUGAAUUUGUUACAAGAUAAAAAAUUAGUAAAAGCACUUAAAUUAGCCCUUAGGAUGGAAAGACCCUUACAUGUAUUAAGGAUAGUUAAUGAAGUACUAAAACAUGGUUCUGAGAAAUUAUCCCAAACACUUAAGGAAAUCAACAACACUCAGAAAGAAACAUUAUUAAGAUUUGCUUCUGAAUGGAAUACAAACACAAAGAACUACCAUGCAGCACAAUUAGUUUUCAAUAUAUUAGCGCCGGAAAUAAUUGCGGGAAAACUACAAGUACCAUCUUUAGCUAAUUUUAUUGAAGGUGCAUUACCUUAUACUGAGAGGCAUUUCGAAAGAUUAACGAACUUGUUACAAGAUUUAAAUUUUAUUUCAUACACUGUAAACUGUAUGCAACCCCAUAGUAUUAAUAGUUAAUGUAAAAUAAUAAAUAAUUUAAUUAGAAAUAUUUCCUUAUUUUGACUGAUACUUUUUGGUUGGUUGUCUAAUGUUUAUUUCAUAAAUUUUAAGGAUUCAUAA